UACAAAAUCAGCUGAGCGUUGCAGUUACGUCUACUAUAUUAUUAUUGUAGACUACUAUUGAACAAAGGUUAUCCAACUAUUCAGAAACAGAAAUAAUUAUUUAGAGAAUCAAAAUUAAUGAUGGUCUGUUCAAAAUAGUUUAUUUCAAAUAAUUUGCUAAAAAGCUGAGACACUGCCAUCAAAAUCAGUAUUACUUGAAUGUGCCAAUUUAUUGACAGUGACACAAACACAAUCACCAGCACCAGUCACCACUGCCUUGAGCCUUGCCUUGUCUACGCUAGUAAAAAUUAUAUUGCUUUUUAGUCUUCAAUCCAAUAUAAGUGAAUUAUUUCUAUUCUUAUUAAUGUUUCUCCCACUAUAGAAAUAAACUACAUAAGAUGGGUGGAUUAUUAAGUUACUUCAGAAAUCUUCUGGGUAGCCGAGAAAUGCGAAUUCUGAUUCUUGGCCUGGAUGGUGCUGGGAAAACAACAAUACUCUAUCGUCUCCAAGUUGGUGAAGUUGUAACCACAAUUCCAACAAUUGGAUUCAACGUGGAGCAGGUCACUUACAAAAAUUUAAAAUUCCAAGUCUGGGAUCUCGGAGGUCAAACUAGCAUAAGGCCGUAUUGGAGAUGCUAUUAUUCCAAUACAGACGCUAUUAUUUAUGUUGUGGACUCGGCAGAUAAAGAUAGAAUAGGAAUUUCAAAAGACGAAUUACUUUACAUGUUACGGGAAGAAGAGCUGCAAGGAGCGAUACUGGUGGUGCUGGCCAAUAAGCAGGACAUGGACGGCUGCAUGAGUGUGGCAGAGGUGCACCAAGCGCUGGGCCUCGACGCACUCAAGAACAGAACGUUUCAGAUCUUCAAAACAUCGGCUGUCAAAGGAGAGGGCUUGGACUCAGCUAUGGACUGGCUUUCCAAUGCUAUUCAAAACAAAAAGUGAUGACCGAUUUUACAGUAUUUUCUUCGAAUUGUAUUUGUGAGGGUGCGUGCAAACUGUGUUGAUUGACAUUUAUGGUCAAUGACUUUUGCCAUCUUGCAUCUGAACAAAUUGUGAUCUAGACUCUAAACAAAUUGAUCGUCAGCAGAAAAUACUCUAAGCUAAUAUUGUGUUCUGUAUUACUUCACCUAUGUAUAUACUAUUGUUUUAAAUGGUCAUGUUUUCUUUGCAAUUGACUUACAUGUAAUUACAUACUUAAUUAUAUAAUUGUAAAAUUAUUCUGUUUCUCAUAACUCAUAGGCACUAUUUAUAUAUUUUGCUCCUUUAAUUAGUGAUUAAUUGGUUUGAGUGGAUGUUGAUUUGAGUGCAAACAUCUGAAAUCAACAUCAGCCUAAAUAAAUAUUUUAUAAUUUUAAAACUC